UUCUGAUGUUUUAUUGAAGCUGUAGAUUCAGCACGAUGAAGCUUCUGCUCCUGUUCUCCUGCAUCAUCACAGCUGUUGUAGGAGUUCAUGUUACAGGACACAGAGGAAAGACUCUUCAAAUCACAUGUUCUUAUAAAUCUGGAUAUGAAACAUAUAAGAAGUAUUUGUGUAAAGGUCAAUGUAUCGUUGGCUUUAAAGACAUCAUUGUUGAAUCAGGAUUUCCAGCUAAAGACAAGAGAUUUUCUCUGAAUGAUGACACGACUGCAAGAGUUUUCACCGUCACCAUCACUGAUCUGAGAACAGAUGAUGAGGGCAAAUACUGGUGUGGAAUUCAAAUACCACUGUGCAAGCAAAAAGCCACAUGGUCCAACCAGCCACAUGGUCCAACACAUCCUGUUCCAUUCACACAGUCUUAUUUCAGCACAUCAGGGUUGAAUCUACAGUCCACCCGCAUCAAACACAAAGAUCAGAGCCUCUCAUCAACAGCAGCGUCUGUGGUCUACGUCAGCGUUGGGUUAACACUCAUGCUGAUUGGUUUGCUUGUGGCACUGACAGUGUUACGUAAGAAGAAGAAGAGAGGGAAGAAAUCCCAAAGAGUUGCUCAAUCAGGACCUUCAGAUCAAGUUUCCGCUGUGAAUACCCUACAAGAGAGCACUGCAGAGGAUUUUGAACAUGAAUAUCAGGAUAUCAGAGAGCUGCAGCCCAAGAACGUCAACUCCACCAUUACCGUGUAUUCCACAGUACAGGGAUCAGCUAACUCAACAAUCUAUUCCACAACAGAAAGACCAGUUGAUUCAGUGAUCUACUCCACGGCAAAAGCACCAGCUGGUACAACUACUUAGUGAAAGCCACUAGGUGUUUCUUUAAUUUCUGAAAGAGGAACUAGUUCACUCAAUGAGCUAAUACAACAAGGAGCAGCUGAUUCAAUUAUCUAUUGACAUAGUAACUUCAGCUUGUUUUCCCUAUUUCAACUCUGAUCUUGUUUGAACUUCCCUAAACUCUGGAAAUCUUGAAUUAUACUUCUAAGGAGAUUUAUGCGGCAUCUAGUGCUGAGGUUCAAAUUGCAAUCAAUGGCUCACUCCACCCCUCGCUUUCAGAGCACUUUGGUGGCUGAUGGUUCUCCUGUUUUUGCCCUGGGACAACAUUUUAAAUCAACCAAUCAAGGGGUAAGUUAUGGUGAGGGUUUGGUGUGGGUUUAGGUUUUAUUUAAAACAAUGUUGAAAAAUUUUUUUUUCCUUAGGUCAACAAAAUAUGUUGUCCUGAGGACAUCAACCACUUGGGAAAAUCAGGUAGAGCGUUGUUGACCGAAGACUAAGAUGUCGGAGAUAACGUAUUUACGAAAUGCGUUUUGUAGAGCAGUUUGUCGGUUAAGGGUAACUGCAGAAACAACUUUCUGAAUUAAAUACGAGUUGAUAGAAUGUAGGUAGAAUUAAAAAUAUCUUCGUUUUAUAUUGCAUUUUUGUCAAUAGAUCCUCCUUAACACCACACACAUAGCACCUUUAAGGUUAAAGACAGUUUUCAGACGGGAUUAUUGUCACCCAAUUUAAUAUGUUUUGCAUUUGACGCAUUUGUGUUAGCAGGCAGCACGAACAUCAAAUAGGAAACAGCCACACUUAACUUUAGAUGAGACAGGAAACACAAAGUAGAUUAAAUUUACGUUCAGAGAUACCAACAUCACAGCCUUGAAAAGGUAGGAACCAAGUGUAAAGUUUGAUAAAAGAGUACAGAUGAGAGCUUUAGUGAGUAUGAUUUGAGACCAGAAUUAAAAUCCCAGGGACUCUAUACUGGUCGAGUAUCUGUUUGAUCAUUUUGUGCACACAUGAUCACAUUUGAGUUAGAUCUCAGUAACACACGUAUUUUACUGUAUGUUAUAGAUUUUAGAUGUGAAUUACAUCCUUGACCAAGUUGUGUAGACAUCAUAGUUGUGUAGACAGGUUUUUUUUCUCUUUUCUGACAUUAAAUGUUUUGUGGGUCACCAGUAUGCUGAAGAGUGGAGUGAGUGUUUAAGGGAAGGUCAAGCAAUUUUAUUGGUUUAAAAGUGACUUUGAUGUAUAUUAAUAAUGAUUUACAAAGCUUGAAAAUAAUGGAAUGUAAUGUUGUCCUUUUAUAUAAAGAAAUACUCUUAAUAUAAUCGACUCAAAUGUAUUAAGUUCAUACUCACCUUGCAGUUUUUGAACUGUAGUUUUCCUGUAUUUUUUACAGGAUUUUUCUGGCAACCACAGCUGCCGGUUUUUUUUCCGUAAAAACCACGUGACAUUUUUCUAAGUGUAAGAUAUUUUCUGUUUAAUGUUUGCUUUGAUCAUUCCUGAGACACAUUUCUACAUCACAUGUAUUCUGAAACUUGGUUAACCCACAUAAACAGACACACAUCCUCCAAACAUCUUUUCUAUUGAGAACUUGAGGUUCACCAGAACAGUUUCACUUUUUUUUUUGAGGGAAAUAUCGUUGUGUGACAGAUGUUAAUGUUGUUUUUGUUGUUGUGUGCGGACUUGGACUGGAGCAGGCGGUUUUACGCCCCAAGAAGUUUUGCCCCCAGGCAGUUUUACUGCCCCUGUUGAUCCUUAUUUGUCCAGUAGGGGGAGUCGAAUGAAUUUCGAAUUGUUAAUCAAAAAUGUUAUUAUGUGUGUAUAAGAUUAAAAGUAAUUAAAUAUAAUCAGAAUAAUUAAGCUAUUUUAUCAAAAACUAUUUUAUAUGUACAUUACAAAAUAUGAUAAUUUAUUUUAUUCCAUAUGGGAAUAUUUUUUUUUCAAUUUGAGUUUGAUCAUGUUUGUUAUUGUGGUGCUCAAUUAUUGAUCUUUUGUUUUCUUAAUACACAUUAAAGAAAAUUGUUUGCUGGCUAAUUAUUAUGUUGACUUUGAUCUUGUCACCUGUGAUUAAUUAGGUCUGAAUAUGGGGCUCUCAAUUUUGUAGGAUGUUGCACAAUUACUAAAGACUUAAAAUAAUAAAUAACUUAAGCACGUGAUCAGAUAACGUCAAUUUAAAUGUUUUUUACAUAAAGCCUACUGCAGUAAUGUUAUGUAUUAAUGCAAGUAAACAGGGUAAGAAAAAUAUCUUUCCA